CAAUCUCCGCCAUUCUCCCUGGUGACGUCACCGUCUAUAAGCGGACAGGGAAGGAAACGCUGCUGUGGGAGCUCCGCCUAUAGUGAGUCGGUUGUGUCUACCAUAGUGAGUCAGGCCACGGGCCGCCAGUGAUCGCAGUAGUAGUAGUAGUAGUAGUAGCAGCAGCAUCAGCAGCAGCAGCAGCACAGGAUCCGCCACAGCGACAGCCGCCCGUGCCGCGUCCCAUCUGCUCACAGAACCGCCACAGGGACCGGAAUCCGCUGACCCGCCACCUCACCCAGCCGGCUCCAUGGCGCUGAAGCGAAUACAGAAAGAGUUGACUGAUUUGCAACGUGAUCCUCCUGCUCAAUGCUCCGCUGGACCAGUGGGUGAUGACAUGUUUCAUUGGCAAGCAACCAUUAUGGGACCUCCUGACAGUCCUUAUCAAGGAGGGGUCUUCUUUCUCACAAUCCAGUUUCCAACAGACUAUCCUUUCAAACCACCAAAGGUUGCAUUCACAACAAAAAUAUAUCAUCCAAAUAUAAACAGCAAUGGAAGUAUUUGUCUUGAUAUUCUGCGGUCACAGUGGUCUCCAGCACUAACUGUCUCUAAAGUUUUGUUGUCCAUAUGCUCCUUACUUUGUGAUCCAAACCCAGAUGAUCCUUUAGUACCAGACAUUGCACAGACCUACAAGACAGACAAGGAAAAAUAUAACAGAAUAGCAAGAGAAUGGACUCAGAAAUAUGCAAUGUAAACUCGUGAAACUAUGAUUUCGUAUAAUCCAGUGUACUGUAAAUUCUAGGUUUUUCAAAAUUAGAAGAAACCGGACACAGUUUACUGUUAGAGACCGUGAAAGACCCUUUUGAUUUUUUUUGAUUUUUUUUUUUUGUACACCUAAAUACUUCUCCAGAGAAAAACAAAUUCCAAAAAAAGAUAAAAGUAUAAUUUAAGUUUGUGUACUUUGCAAAAGACAUUUGAUGCUGUUUUUAAGACACCUGGAUCGCUGCAUGCUACUGUCAUACGAAAUCCUAAUGCAGAAUUAAAAGCAACUCGACAGACUAGAAUUUUUUUUUUAAUUAACUUGAUCAAUACUUCAUAUGUAACAGUUUGUUUUUGUUUUGUAAAUCUGUGUUCAGAUUUCACUGUUAGAGCACUAUUUAAUUUGUAUUUUUUACUGUAUAGUCUAAAUAUAUCUUAUUUAACUUUGUAAGUAAACUCCAUUUUUAGAUUGAUUUUUUUUUUUCUUUUAUGCACAGUAUUGUCAAGGAAAAACGACUAGUCCUAAAGAAAAAAAUGAGCCGUUUAGCACCUCUAUCUUAGAAUCAAUGAUUGCAGAUUUCUUAAAAACAAAUGAUCUUUGCACUGUAAUUCUUAAUAUGCUAAUGGUAGGAAAACAGUUGUUUUGUUUUAUUCUGUUGCAUACUUGACCAGUUUAUUGCAAUGUGAAAGAAUUGCACUGCUAAGAAGAAAAACAUGUAUCUGUUUGUUUAUUUCUUGCUCUUCGCAUUUUUAUUUUUCUAGUUUGAUUUUUUUUUUUUUUUUUUCAUAUGGGCAAUAUAUAAUACAAAUCACUUUUACAAAUCUUACUGUCACUUUUUCCAUACAAAUAAAAGAUGCAUUUUCUACUA